AUGCCACUACCGUCAUCCAACGACCAAUACGGCCACAAGUCCUACUGGGACGAGCGCUACGCCCAGGAAUCUGCAAACGAUGCGGCAUUCGAUUGGUUCAAGUCCUAUGCAGACCUUGCGCCUUUGAUUCGGGACCUCAUACCCAAUAAAGACGCCAGAAUACUCAUGCUUGGAUGCGGUAACUCGACGUUAUCGCAAGAUAUGUAUGACGAUGGGUAUAAGAACAUCGUCAACGUGGAUUACUCGGGCGUGGUGGUAGAGCAAAUGCGCGCUCGUCACGCGGAAAAGAGGCCAGAGUUAGAGUGGCUUGAAAUGGAUGUUCGCGAUCUCAAGUUCCCAGAUGCGUCUUUCGAUGUUGCUAUAGACAAGGGUACAAUGGACGCCAUGAUGACCGCCAAAGGCGAUGUUUGGGAUCCCCCACAGCAAGUUGUGGAUGACUGUACGGCUGAAGUCGACGAAACGAUACGCUGCCUGAAAAAGCCUUCUGGCGUGUUCAUCUACCUCACUUUCGGCCAGCCUCAUUUUCGCCGUCGAUACCUCACUCGCCCAGGAACCAACACCAAGUUGGAGGUCAAAGAGCUUGGAGAGGCAUUCCACUACUAUCUCUAUAUUCUCCGCAUGUCCAAUUAA